AUGGUUGAGAAUGUAGAACAGGGCUCUCAGCUCGAGAGCAACACGAUCGGCAUCUUCCGCUCCGCCGCCACCGUCAAGGGCGGCCGGCGAUUCAGCUUCGGCGCGCUCGUCGUCGUCGGCGACCGCGAAGGUCGCGUCGGCGUCGGCUACGCCAAGGCCAACGAGGUGCCCCCGGCCAUCGAGAAGGCGCAGAAGGACGGACGCAAGGCCGUCUCCAGCGUCAACCUCCACGGCGGCACCAUCCCCCACGAGGUCGUCGGACGCUACAGCGCCUCCGUCGUCAAGCUCAUCCCCGCGUCGCCCGGUACCGGUGUCGUCGCCGGCGCCACCGUCCGCGCCGUCCUCGAGAUCGCCGGCAUCACCGACUGCAUGACCAAGAGCUACGGUUCCAACAACAAGAAGAACCUCGCCAAGGCCACGCUCAACGCCCUCGAGACCCUCCGCACCAAGCAGGACGUCUCCCGCGUCCGCGGCGUCGAGAUCGCCCGCACCGAGGUCGACGAGAUGAUCGAACGCGGCCAGGCCUUCAUGACCCCCGCCGCCGGCGCGAAGAAGGAAGCCCCCGCCGAGGAGGCCAAGGCCGACAACGGCGCCGCCACCGCCACCGCCGAGAAGCCCGCCAAGCCCGAAAAGAAGGGCGGCGAGAAGAAGGCCGACGGCGAGAAGAAGCAGGACAAGGACAACGCGUAA